UAUGUAUUUCUUCUGCCACAGUCCCAUACCUUCGUUUCUCCUCCUCUCCACGGCGACCUACCCACCCGACCCAGCCCGCCUUGAAAUCUCUCCCGCCGCCGCGCCGUACGCCGUAGCUUAGCGCCACCGCCCGUCGCCACAAUCCCCUCCGCCUCUCACGCGCGUCGUCGCCACCGCCGUCCGCGCCCUUCCCCACCGCGGCAUCGCGCCCCUGCUGUCUCCAGUCCACCCCGCCCUCAAUCUCUAGCCAUUGGGCUCUGAGGCGCGCCGGCGCGCAUCCGGCACACCCUAGAUCCGCCCCCGGAACCCGGAGGUCUCGCCGCGGUAGAAAUCGGGCGGAGGUAGGACUGUGUACCCAUCCAUGGGGAGUCGGAAAAUGGCGUCACAGCCCGGGCGCGGCGCCGGCGCCGGCGACGACGCCGGCACGUCGCAGCGCGGGCAGGUGCAGAGCCUGGCGAGGCAGGGGUCUCUGUACAGCCUCACCCUCGACGAGGUGCAGAACCAUCUGGGAGAGCCCCUGCAGAGCAUGAACCUCGAUGAGCUGCUCAGGACCGUGUUUCCUGACGACAUGGAGCCCGAUGGCGCGACCACCAGCCAGUAUGUGCCGAGCUCAAGCCUCCUGCGCCAGGGCAGCAUCACGAUGCCGACCGAGCUCAGCAAGAAGACGGUGGAUGAGGUGUGGAAGGGCAUCCAGGAGACACCCAAGAGGAGUGUCCAGGGGAGUGGCCGGCGCAAGCGGGAGAGGCAGCCCACACUCGGGGAGAUGACACUCGAGGAUUUCUUGGUCCAAGCAGGGGUUGUCACCCAAGGAUUUCUCAAGGACACUGGCGAUGCUGGCAAUUUGGGUCUGGUGGGGAGAGGUGCCACAGCAGCCGGAGCCGCCGAUUUGACAUCUGGGGCGCAGUGGUUAGGCCAGUACCAGCAGCAGAUUGCAGCUGCAGCCGUCAGCACUCAUCAGCAUGGCCAGCAAAUUGUGCCAGCUGCUUAUAUGCCCAUUCAGUUUGUCCCUCAGCCGCUGAAUGUUGUUGGCCCUGGUGCCUCUGUGGGGUCUGCUUACUCUGAUGGCCAGAGUACAUCACCAAUCAGUCCAAUAUCUGAUUCUCAGACACCUGGGAGAAAGCGUGGUGUAUCAGGAGAUAUCCCGAAUAAGUUUGUGGAGAGAAGGCAGAAGAGAAUGAUCAAGAAUAGGGAGUCGGCUGCCCGUUCAAGGGCUAGGAAGCAGGCCUACACUAAUGAACUCGAAAACAAGGUAUCCCGUUUAGAAGAGGAGAAUGAGAGGCUAAAGAAGCAAAAGGAUUUCCAAAACGCGGGAAUAGGAAUAGAGUGGGCAUGUCAUCUUCAGUACUACAGGAUUGUGAGGAUGUUUGAUUGUGCACGGGAAAAACGGAGGAUUCUUUCAAAGUGGAGUUGAACAUGAUGCUUUGCUCGGUGCCUCUACCAGAACCCAAGUAUCAACUCAGGAGAACAUGCUCGGCCGCUUUCUGACUCUGUCCAGAAUACUUUGCCUUGUAGAUUUUAAAGUGGCGGCGCUCGUAAGUUUUGCCUGUUUGGUUAGAAUCGUUUGCGAGCCUGGGAGUUCCUUUUUGGCUUAUCCUUGCCCAGUGAUUUCCGGUGUGUAGAUCAGCGGGAGCCUAGCAUGUGCUGUGUUAGCACUUGGCACUUUUAUUUACCUGUGUGCGGAGGCCCUGCCACCAGCCUAGUAUGUAAAUCUGCUGGACACAUUUUAAAGUUAUCAGAGCUUUCUUGGCAUGGGCUGCUCUUUCAUGUAAAUGCAGAGCGGUAUGCAA